AGCCCUACUUCUUUUCCCAACACACACUCAAAAAGAUAGAAGCAAAACAAUAAAACAAAACAAAACACAAAUUAAACCUACUUCCAUUAAUUAUGGGAGGAGCUUCACCGUCGGCGGCGAAGUUCGAUGGUGGCAAGAAGGCGUAUGGAGCGGUGGUGCUGAUACAGCUGAUCUACGCCGGGAUGUUCCUCCUCUCCAAGGCGGCGUUCGACGGCGGCUUCAAAACUUCCAUCUUCGUCUUCUACCGGCAGGCCUUGGCCGCCGCCCUCGUCGUCCCUCUCGCCCUUUUCCUCGAAUGGAACCACGCGCCGGCGCUCUCGCUCCCCACCUUCUGCAAGAUCUUCGUCCUCUCCCUCUUCGGGAUAACGUUGAGCUUGAACGUCAAUGGGAUAGCUUUGAUCUACACUUCAGCCACUUUGGGUGCUGCUUCUGUUAAUACCCUGCCAGCCAUUACGUUCUUCUUGGCUCUUCUAUUUGGAAUGGAGACAUUGAAGGUGAGGACAAAACCAGGGAUGGCAAAGCUAGCUGGGAUAUUGAUAUGCAUGGGAGGAGUGGCAGUUCUUGCUUUCUACAAAGGCCCCCAUUUUAAGGUCUUGUCUCUCAUUAAACAUGAUGACCUCCAUGGACAUGACCUUAGACCACAUCAAAACCCUAGCUCUUCUCAUAACACAUGGGUCAAAGGUUGUUUCUUGAUGCUCUUCUCCAACCUUAGCUGGGGCUUCUGGCUCGUCUUUCAGGCAAUACUUCUGAAAAGCUACCCAUCGAAGCUUCUCUUCACAGCUCUUCAAUGCUUUCUAAGUUCGAUUCAGUCCUUAGUGGUUGCAGUUGCCAUUGAGAGAAAUCCCCAGGAGUGGAAGCUUGGUUGGAAUAUGAGACUUGUGGCUGUCACUUAUUGUGGAGUUGUGGUGACUGGAGUGACGUAUUACUUGCAAGCAUGGGUUCUGGAGAAGAAAGGUCCAGUCUUUCUUGCCAUGUCGACUCCUUUGGCUUUGAUCUUCACAAUGUUGUUUUCUGCACUACUAAGUGACUUCAUCAACCUUGGAAGUGUAUUGGGUGGAGUGUUGUUGGUUGGAGGACUUUACAGUGUUCUAUGGGCAAAAGGCAAAGAAGAAAAUAUGAUGAUUGUUGAGAAUAGUGACGAGAACAUGAAGAUUUCACAAGUGGAAAAGGAGAGCUUAGAGCUUAAACAAGUUGUUACAAUCAUUAGCAUCCCCGAACAUCAAGCGCCACAAGCCAAUGAGUCGAGUUGAAUUUUGAUGGGAAAAAUAACAUUUUAACAUCGUCUACAAGUCAUGCUUCAAGGAAAAAUAACAUUUUAACAUCGAUCACUAUGAAAUUUGUAAAGGUACGGAGCUAUAACAGCAUAUGUUCACUUCACCUCUACUUUACCUUAUGGACUAAGAGUA